UUGACCUCAUUACUUUUCUUGAAUCUUGUUGAUUUGGCGUAUUUGAAGCCAUGGGUUCCUGAACGACUGUCUCUUCCCAACACCAAUAAAUCGUACACCAACGACGCAAAUGUCUCCGACACGGAUAUCACCCUUUCUGGAGGCUUGGUACAAAUGGAAGGCGCUCAGACUGCCAUGGCGCAAGCGCUUCCUCGUCGGCCGUGACCUGCAGGGCUACACCUUUUGGGAGUUUCGAGACGUCCGCGGCAACGGGCCUGGCCGCUUCCGCCGCAUCGUCAAGUAUCCGCGAUCGAUAUACCUCUCCGACGUAAAGGUAUCGCCGCUGUGGCACCAGUGGUUGCGGUACACGCGAGAACAGCCCCCGACACUCGAAGAACAGUCGCGAGAGGCCUUCAGACAAGAGCGCAUGAAAGUUCUGGCGGCGCAGGCGGAUGCCAGAUGGGAGGCCAAGCCUAGACUUACGGAUGCCCCGGGGCAGGAAACCGGUCAGCCUUUACCGUCGUUCAACAUUGCGCAGACCCAGCCCAAUGCGCCGGAACUGGAGGCGACAAACGCGGACGCAAAGGAGAACAACACAACACCAACAAAGCCUGCGAGGCCGACCGAGUCAGCUCAGCUUCUAAACGAGACGAGGACGAAAUACGGGAAGGACCCGUGGGCCAGGGCUCAAGGGCCGAGUGAAAGCUGGCAGCCAGCAACGUGGGUACCACCUGCAGGAAAGAAAUAGCCGGCAUAAAACACGGCAUCAAAAUUGUAUACUACUGAAGGGCGGGGGAAAUACCCUCACAUGUACCAACAAUUCGACAUAAGACCGUCUCGUUAUCGAGCCU